GCAGACUGAUGAGCAGAGCUGGAUCUAGGCCGGCCGAAGCCGGGGUUCGCGAAGCCAAAGAGGAAGACGCAGGGAGCGGUGACAGAAGCCGUGCCUUGUCUCCCAAGAAGAGAAAGGCGGACUCGGCCUGUUCUGACUCGGAGGUUGAAUUUGUCCAGACCACUGACAGCGGGGAGCGCAGAUCUUUGCCGGUUGAAUCUGAGAGCAGACUGAUGAGCAGAGCUGGAUCUAGGCAGGCCGAAGCCGGGGUUCGCGAAGCCAAAGAGGAAGACGCAGGGAGCGGUGACAGAAGCCGUGCCUUGUCUCCCAAGAAGAGAAAGGCGGACUCGGCCUGUUCUGACUCGGAGGUUGAAUUUGUCCAGACCACUGACAGCGGGGAGCGCAGAUCUUUGCCGGUUGAAUCUGAGAGUCAGCCCAAUGUAAUUCAGACUUCUAGCUGUAAUGACCAGAAUUGGAGUGACGGAGGCAUAAAAAGACCCCAGACCCGAACGUCCGUUCUUCAGAGUCGCCGGAGAAAACUGGGAAUCACCGAUGCAACUUCUUCUGAAGACGAGGGCCCUGUGUGCCACAGUUUGGCAAGGAGACGGCUGGACAUGGGAACCACAAAAGGGGGCAAAAAACCAAGCGUACAAGGAGAGUUCAGAGAACAAGCAACCGCUGGACUGUCGGACGCUGAAGCGGACCACCCUGGCCAGAGUCCUCUACCCAGUCCCAGUUUGCCCUGUAAGCCUCUUGGGCAGGAUGAGGGAAGCGGUGAUAAGCAGCCCAUGUCCAUCUUCAGGACGGACGGUGCAUCCGAGGAGGAAAGCGGGAGCGGCAGACAGGAACUUGCUCGUGAGGAAGCUGCAGAACGUAAGGCGUCUACCCCGAAGCAGUUUGACAGAGAGGAUCUUUGUUUGCUGGAUGCCACCAAGGAAGGCAACGUGGGCAGGUUUCUCAACCAUAGCUGCUGCCCUAAUCUCUUUGUGCAGAGUGUGUUUGUUGAGACUCACAACAGGAAUUUCCCCUGGGUUGCAUUCUUCACAAACAGGCAUAUAAAAGCUGGAACUGAGCUCACGUGGGACUAUGGUUACUUACCUGGAAGUAUGCCGGAGACAGAGAUCCCCUGUCAGUGCGGGUCUCAUAAGUGCAGAAAGAAAAUCCUAUAG